CUCCUGCCCGCCCAGCGAGCAGCGAUGCCGGCUCGACUGAGACCUGUCCGCGCCCUCGCGGCGCUGCUCGCGGCGCACGUGUUCGGCAGGCGAGUGUGCGCGCUGACGAUUCAGAAGGAGGACCUGGCGCAGGGCGGGGUCCUGGAGAAGAGGCGCGCCCACGUGGAGACCCAGCUCGACGCCGACCGGGUGCUGUCGGGGCAGAAGCUCACCGCCAUGCGCCUGCCCUGCAGCCACAACGGCACCAACGGCUCCGCAGGCGUGUGGGUCAUCCUGUAUCAGACUAGCAUGAACCUGGCCCCCCUCGGCGGCUUCCUGUACAACCAGCUGGCGGAGCAGAUGGACGGCCUCAUGAUGCCCGAGGUGAUCGGCAUGGGCAGCCACUUUGGCGGCUUCAGCUCCAAGCACCUCCUGGCGAUCCAGAGGCUCAGCGCCAUGGAUCCAGACGACCUGGUCAUCCUGUCGGACUACGCGGACGUUCUGCUGAACCCGGGCAGGGGCCCGCCGGGUACCGCUUUCUGCGCUUUCCGCGACGAGUACUUGCGGAUGACGAAGGGCCAGAGCAAGGACGCGGUGGUCAUCUCCGCGGAGGCCCAGUGCUGCGUCGGUGCCCUCUCCUACGUGGAGCCCGGCUCACUCAUCCAGAGGAACAACACGCGCACGACGCGGAGGAAGCGCGCCUGCAACUCCGGCGCCAGCGGCUGCAUGGGCCUCGGCCGUGACAAGUCGUGGCAGGACUUCAUGGUCGGCCUCGCGGCGCAGCGCGGCUUCAACGGCACGCAGUAUCCGUUCCUGAACGCGGGGCUCAUGGCCGGUCGCGCCGGAGCGUUGGCUCAAAUCUUGUCCGACAUCCAGUUGGACGCUUCGGAGGACGACCAGGCGGUGAUGACGGACAUGCUGUGGGCCUUCCCCGAGCGUUUCAUUCUGGACUACGACCAGCGGCUGUUCGGCAACGCCCGGUGGCCGAAGCAAGACGGGUGCGUCUUCAUGAUGGACGACUCCGGCGUCUUCUCCCAGACGGAGACUGGCUCCAAGCCGCUGUUCCUGCACACCUCGGGCAAGUUUUACAAGUGCCUCCGCUCCAUGGCAGUCCAGGUCGGCUGGAACAGCAGCGCCCAGUCCGUGGCGAAGCCCGGGCACGCCUUGCCCAGCGUGUUCGCGUUGCUGGCGGCGGCGCUCGCGCUGCGGCUCGCCGCGUGA